AUGGACCUGUACAUCUCGCCCAAGUGGUGUGCACUUUUCAUUGUGUUUAAAUACACACUAUCUAAUAAUAUUUAUAACUAA